GAAAAAAAAGAAAAAAAAAGGCUGGAUAAUAAUAACAAUAAAAUGGUCCUUUGAGGGUCGUGGUUGAUUUCAGUUCUCUCUUAUCAUCAAAACCCACAAAAGAGAGAGAAAGAAAGAAAAGAAAAAAGAAGAAGCAUGAAGAAAACGAUUGUUAUCGUAGCGGUUUUAGUAAUAAUCAGCUGUUAUGGAAUAACCGAGGUGAGAUCCGACGCUUCCGAUCACCGAUACAAAGAAGGUGACCCAGUUCCUCUCUACGCCAACAAGGUUGGCCCCUUUCACAACCCCAGUGAAACGUAUCGCUAUUUCGAUCUGCCCUUCUGCUCUUCAGGUCAUGUGACGGAGAAGAAGGAAGCGCUUGGUGAGGUUUUGAAUGGAGAUCGACUUGUUAGUGCUCCCUAUAAACUUGACUUUAAGAAAGACAAAGACACUGAAGUGGCCUGUAAAAGGAAGCUGUCUAAGGAUGAUGUCGCUCAUUUCCGGAAUGCAGUGCAAAAGGACUAUUACUUCCAAAUGUAUUAUGAUGACUUGCCAAUCUGGGGUUUCAUUGGAAAGGUUGAAAAGGAAGGCAAAGUUGACCCCAGUGAAUACAAAUAUUUUCUUUUCAAGCAUAUCCAAUUCGAGGUUUCCUACAAUAAAGACCGUGUGAUUGAAAUCAUGGCUCAUAUGGAUCCUCAGUCUGUGGUGGACCUGACCGAGGACAAGGAAGUGGAAGCUGAGUUCAUGUAUACUGUGAAGUGGAAGGAAACAGAAAUUCCUUUUGAGAAGAGAAUGGAGAAGUACUCACAGUCUUCUUCUUUACCGCAUCACUUGGAAAUUCAUUGGUUUUCAAUUAUUAACUCAUGUGUGACUGUUCUGCUUUUGACUGGUUUUCUUGCAACCAUUCUCAUGCGAGUCUUGAAGAAUGAUUUCAUGAAGUAUGCUCAAGAUGAAGAAGCAGCUGAUGACCAAGAAGAGACAGGAUGGAAAUACAUUCAUGGUGAUGUUUUCCGGUUCCCAAAGUACAAAUCCUUAUUUGCUGCUGCCCUUGGUUCUGGCAGCCAAUUGUUCACUCUCACGGUCUUCAUUUUUAUGCUUGCGUUGGUUGGUGUAUUUUAUCCAUACAACCGAGGAGCUUUGUUUACUGCACUGGUAGUUAUAUACGCACUCACGUCUGGGAUUGCAGGAUACACAGCUUCCUCUUUCUAUUGUCAGCUUGAAGGAAAGAACUGGGUGAGGAAUCUUUUGCUGACAGGUUGCCUGUUUUGUGGGCCUCUGUUCCUCACAUUCUGUUUUCUUAACACUGUUGCAAUUGCCUACAGUGCAACUGCAGCACUUCCUUUUGGCACCAUUGUGGUGAUAGUUCUCAUAUGGACAUUGGUAACAUCACCAUUGCUUGUGUUGGGUGGUAUUGCUGGGAAAAAUAGCAAGGCUGAGUUCCAAGCUCCUUGCCGUACCACAAAAUAUCCUCGUGAGAUUCCACCUCUGCCUUGGUACAGGAGCACCCUUCCUCAGAUGGCAAUGGCAGGGUUUCUCCCUUUCAGUGCUAUUUACAUUGAGCUCUACUACAUAUUUGCCAGUGUCUGGGGUCACAGGAUUUAUACCAUCUACAGCAUCUUGUUUAUUGUCUUCAUUAUUCUUUUGAUUGUCACUGCUUUCAUCACUGUGGCUUUGACUUACUUCCAACUUGCUGCUGAAGAUCAUGAAUGGUGGUGGAGGUCUUUUCUUUGUGGUGGAUCUACCGGCCUGUUUAUCUAUGGCUACUGCUUGUAUUAUUACUAUGCACGAUCAGAUAUGUCCGGUUUUAUGCAGACCUCAUUUUUCUUCGGCUACAUGGCUUGCAUCUGCUAUGGCUUCUUUCUCAUGCUUGGGGCUGUGGGUUUUCGUGCUUCUUUGCUCUUUGUCCGUCACAUUUACCGGUCAAUCAAGUGUGAAUAGUGGCUUGAUUGGUCUUGUAGGUAAAUUCUUUCUUGCCUCUUUGUUUGUCAUAGAGAAAGGUCUAUGAAUUUUGUGAUAAGUAGGUUCGUUAGUGCCUCCAGGAGCAAAGGAAGCAAGCCUUUGACUAAUUCCCUAAAUUCAGUUUCUUUAGAUUCUGCUGUGUUCACUCAUGCCUUAGGAAAUUAUGGGUAUUCUGGGAUUUAUUGAUAUUUGGCAUAUGUAUCUAUGAGACAGAUGUAUCUGGGGAAGCUGCUUGCUACAACAUUCACCUUUGCUCUUUGGAAAUAACUUCUUUCUUAUAUGAUAAUACUGAGAGUGACCCAGUAUGUAAGUUCUUACUGUUCUGUACUGAAUGUGUCUUUGCAUUCCUAGUUGAGCUUAUAAUUGUGUUCACCUUUUGAACAGUAGGUUAAAUCUUAAAUGCCAUUAUUUAUUUUCA